GAUUGUGACAAACAUAAUAGAAACUCCCAUCUUCCUUACAGAGUUGUGUGAAGUUCUUUUUAAUUGUGUGUGUGAAUUUUUGGUCUCAAUCAUUCUUAUAUAAAAAUAAUCAGAGUUUUCUUAAAUUUUGUAAUCAAACAUUGUCAAAAUUGCUAUUUAACUUUAUAAUCGUGGACUUAAGUAGAUAUAACUUUCCUUAAAAGUGAAUUUAAAUUAAAAAAGCUUGCGUGGAGGCACAAGUUUAGUUAUUUAGUCUUGAAAAAAAUAUAAAAUCACUACUCAAGAGACUACAGAGGGACUUCCUGGAAGUCUAUUGAAUUUUCUCGUGAUUCAUCGAAAGGGAACGUUCAGCGACAAGUGGAAGCGGGAAAGUACCACAAAAGGUAUUAAAUAAAGUAAUCGACCGAGAGGAGAAACGUGAGUCAUCAUUAGGUUUCUUUCGGAUAUACGUGAUUCACAUUCGUCAUCUAACACAUUCACCAGUUUGGUGUUCAAACAAAGAAUUUUCUGCGGCUGCUGAGGAAAUAAUAAAAAUCAUCCAAAAUUUCGAGAAUGCGUGAAUACAAGAUUGUAAUUCUUGGUUCAGGCGGUGUUGGUAAAAGUGCCCUCACCGUCCAGUUUGUUCAGGGGAUAUUUGUGGAGAAAUAUGAUCCCACGAUAGAAGACUCUUAUAGGAAGCAAGUUGAAGUUGAUGGACAACAGUGUAUGCUUGAAAUUCUUGAUACGGCCGGUACAGAGCAGUUCACAGCAAUGCGUGAUCUCUAUAUGAAAAACGGUCAAGGAUUUAUCCUUGUUUAUUCCAUCACUGCACAAUCAACAUUCAAUGAUUUACAAGACCUACGAGAACAAAUUUUGAGAGUUAAGGAUACCGAUGACGUUCCAAUGGUUUUAGUUGGUAACAAAUGUGAUUUGGAAGAUGAGAGAGUUGUGGGAAAAGAGCUGGGCAAGUCACUUGCCAAUCAAUUCAACUGCUCGUUCAUGGAGACAUCUGCAAAAGCCAAAAUUAAUGUUAAUGAUAUAUUCAAUGACUUAGUUCAGCAAAUAAAUAAGAAAUCUCCGGAAAAGAAGCAGAGCAAGAAGAAAAAAUCUUUAUGCAUUUUGCUAUAAAAAAAUCGAUUGAAGAACAGAAAUAUAGAAGGAAAGACAGAACAUGGAAAAGCAAAUGAAUAUAAAGAAUGCUGAAAAAGAUAAAAGAAAUCAACCUAUUAAGUAUGAGCAUAAAUUACAACAAAACAUCAACAAGAAGAACAGCAACAUAAGAUAAAAAUAUAUAAUAAGUAAAUAAAUAAAAGUUACAUUUUAAAAAAUUGAAGAUAAUGAAAAAGACGGAGCUGAAAGUAAGUAAAUUGAAAGAGUUAAAAAUCGAUAGUUAGAUUUUUAUUGUCGUGUUAAGUAAAAAAAGAAACGUUUAAACAGAUGUCAUUUAUCUUGUCUCUCCUUUCCUCUUUUUUAAAUAUCUUUAUCCUUCAAAUUUUGUCAAAAAUAUAGAAAUGAAUGUUGCCCUACUUAGUGCUAACCAGUGAAUAAAAUGAAGAUUUUUCUAAUGAAAUUGGAUGAUUGUCAAUGUUCCGAAAUUUGGUUUUUAUUUCGUUUGUCACUGCAGUGCCAAAAUGCACAAAAUCAAUAUAAUUUUCACAUCUGACAAUUUCAUCAAAAAAAUUUUCCAUCUUAGUAAUAAAUAUUCACAUGGAUUUAUCACAUACUUUUUAAAAGAAAUGAAAACUUUGAGAAACGGAAAAUCACAUUAAAAAUUUUCAUAUUUUUUUAUACAUCUAGUUUAAUUUUUUUUCUAUGGAAGAAAAAAAAUUGAAAGUUUUCCUUCUCGAAACUUUGAGAGGAUUUCUAGAAUAGUGAAUCACAGAAACACCUAAAAAACACAUUCUAAUGAUAAUGAAAAAAUAAAAAAAAUAAAAAUAAAAGAAACCUUGGUAGCAUUAGUUUAUUAGUUACAGAUAAGUAGUGACAACCGCUUGAAUUGGGAAAAAGCAUAAAAAAAUUAUUAAUUAAAUGUACCUAAUUAAUUUUUUCUUAUGAUUAAAUGUGUUAACGGUUGCAUGAUUUUCGUAAUUUCAUUAAAAAUAAAGAAAAAUUUUGCAAUGGAAUGAUGAAGCUAUAACAUUUGAAAUAUUCAUUCAUUAUAUUUUAAGACGAAUGCAGUUUUAAUUUAAAUUGCAAUUUUUCAAAAAAAGAAUAGAUUAAAUGAAUAUAAAUCUUGCUAAUUGAUUGAGAGUAAAAACCUAAAUGAUGACUUUGUUUUCUAUUUAUGCUUCGUCUUAAUUUGCGUUAUUGUCAGUCAUGGGCAAAGUCCGACAAAAGAAACUGGGAAAAAGUGCCCAUCAAUAACUCAUUGAAACAUUAUCUUAUGUCAACCGGUUUUAUAAAAUUCAUUUCUAAUUGCUUCCCUUUUGGUAAGUGACUGGGAUCGCCAAUUGAUUUUUGAGCGCCUUAUACAUAUUAUGGUUAAAUAAUAGUGUCACUAAAAACAUUCGUUUUAACAUUUUCUAAAAAAAAAUAAGUUCUUUUUUUGUCCUAAUUUUAUUUUUUUAUUGUAACAGAGAAUGAUCAAGAAAAAAUAUUUAAAAGAUAAGAAAAAGUUUAUUGAAAUAAAGGAACUUACUAUUAAACAUGUAGAAACUUCAUUGGCUU